GGAAAUUGAAGCAAGCCUUCGUCAAUUAUAACAAUUUAGUGUUCUGCUAUUAUAUGCACUCCUCAGUACACCUCUAAAUGCAGUAUUGAUUGCAUCGUCGGUUGAUGCAGUUCAGAUUGCUUUUCGCCUGUUUUUCCAAAUUUUCUUGAGCAAGCAAUAUUUUCAAUAACUUUAUUCUAGAUGCAGUAAAGGUUGCAUUGUCGGUUAAUGCAGAUUGCUUUUCGACUGUUUUCCGAAUUUUCUUGAGCAAGCAGUGUUUUUGAUAACUUUAUUCAAACUUCUCCAAACUUUCUUGAGAAAAAAUUGUGGUGAAAAGUUUACUUGGGAUAAAUAGUUGGAGGCAUUUGGAUAUCGCUGUGUUCUCAAUGGAUUUCAGUAUGAAAAGCAUGAAGAGACUGUUCAAAAAAGCAUUCUGCAAAUGGUCUCUUAGAAAAGUCACUUUGAUCAUUGGAUGGUUUAAUUUUAUAACCUCUUUCAUACCGUUUUUGGCGUUGAUAAUCUACGCUAUAAACGGCGCAAAGGGUAUAGACGAAUUUCUCUACGGAGCGAUGAAAAACUACGAUGAAAAUCUCUACGAUAAAAAUCCAGAGAGACUAAAGUUCUUGAAAACCAUUGCCGGCUUCAUUUCCACGCAUAAACUUCUGAAAUUUUUGAAAGAUUAUGAACAAGAUUACUCGCGAUCAGUGUACUUAGUUGGUUUGGAUCGGGUCCUAGCGUAUGAUAACAACCAGUUCGGGAAUUCCUAUCCGUUCAUUAAUGAAUGGUAUAAAUCGAAAUCUUCAACUCCCGAUAAGAUGGACGAUUAUGUUGGGUCGUAUCAAUGGAGCAGCUGGAAUACUGAACCUACGGUGAUCCUUGAGGAUUUUGUGGGUUCGGAAGUCACUGAGAUUGUUCAUAGGAUAUUGUUUGCUGUUGCCGGAGAUUCAACUUUUUUCUUGAUUUUGGUUGGCUCAAUACUCGGAAUAGGAGUUACUAGCAAUGCGUGGCUGCUUUUUGGAGCUCAUACUGAUAGCGGCCCCAUGAUUGCAGUUUGGUUAGCCGGGCAGAUAUUCAUUUUGGUUUUUGAUGUUAGCUUACUGGUGUGCAUUGCAAUCUAUUCAUCAGAUUUCCCUCUCCUGGUGAUACAGUUCACAAGAAUCUGUUUCGGACUGUAUAGCAUCAUAGUAGUGCACAGGUAUUACCACAAAUUGUACUAUGAUCAGAAGCAACAAGCCAUUGAUAAUGCUGCCAUUGAAAGCCAAGAUCCUAAUUUUUUCAGAUCGAACAUAGAAAAUUUCAGACCUACAUUGACCUCUAGUGAUAUGGAAAAAUGUUCGACCCUCAGCUAUUAGAGAUAUACCUUCCUACAUUAUAGAUCUGGUAUUUAUAUAUUACCAUAAAUAAAUAUAUUAUUCUUAAAUUGAAAAAA